CCAGAGCCGUACCGGAACCGUGUCCGGUUCUCUCCCACCUCGAUCCACUUUGACUCGGUGACUCGGGAGGACUCUGGGAAGUACAUCUGUGAGGUGGUGGGGGACAGCAGCCAGAUCGCCAAGUCCGAGGUCACCCUCACUGUCCAAGUGCCCCCCGGGAAGCCCUCUGCCCACGUUCCCAGCUCAGCCACGGUGGGUUCCCGGGUGGUUCUGCGCUGCUCCGAGGCCCAGGGCUCCCCCCCGCCCACCUUCCGCUGGUACAAGGACGGCUCCGAACUGCCCCAGGACCCCAAAUCCAGCCCCGCCUUCCGAAACUCCUCCUACACCCUCGACCCCAGCUCGGGGGAGCUGAUCUUCGAGCGCGUGGGGGGCUGGGACACGGGGGAUUAUCACUGCGAGGCCUCCAACAACGUGGGAUCCCCCCAAAAAUCCGACGUUUUCCACUUGGAAGCGAGUAAGGCUGGAGCGGCUCCCGCCCGCCGUGGUCUCCCGGGAUAG